AAUUCUACAUAGGCACAAUGGAUAAAAAUCCAUACAUGAGUGAGAUGAUGAAUUGUCAUGAUGAUGAAGCUACAAGAACAUCUCCUUCAGAAGGGCUGGAAGAGGGAGAAGUAGAAGGAGAGACUCUUCUCAUAGUAGAAUCUGAAGAUCAGGCAUCAGUGGAUUUGAGCCAUGAUCAAAGUGGGGACUCUGUGAAUAGCGAUGAAGGGGAUACAUCAUGGACAGAGGAGAUAUCUUAUUACUGUGAAAGAUGUCAAAAAUGGUUGCCAGCAAGUCAGACGAGAGAACAAAUCACCUAUCUUAAAGGCGAUAACUUUUUCAAGUUUACUUGCUCUGAUUGCGCCGAAGAUGGGAAGGAGCAGUUUGAACGGUUGAAGCUAACAUGGCAGCAAGUUGUCAUGCUGGCUAUGUAUAAUCUAUCCCUAGAAGGAACUGGCCGCCAAGGUUAUUUCAGAUGGAAAGAAGACAUUUGUGCUUUUAUUGAAAAACACUGGAGUUUUCUACUAGGAAACCGAAAGAAGACAUCUACUUGGUGGAGCACUGUUGCUGGUUGCCUUUCGGUGGGAAGCCCUCUGUAUUUUCGCUCAGGGGCUCAGGAGUUCGGAGAACCAGGAUGGUGGAAACUUGUUCACAAUAGGCCCCCUAUAAUGAAGCCUGAAGGAGAGAAACUUUCUGCAUCUUCUCUAAAAGCAAAAGCAGGUUCAAAACUAUCUAUAGACCCAGUCAUUACAGUGGAGGGGCUUAGAAAGCGAGUGAGCCGCAAUCCAGUAGAAUCUGCUAUGGAGCUGAAGGAGAAGCGGUCUCGCACUCAAGAAGCUAAAGACAUCAGGAGAGCUCAGAAAGAAGCAGCUGGCUUCUUGGACAGGAGUACAUCCUCCACACCGGUCAAAUUCACAAGUCGAAACAGGCACUCAGACGUUAUGCUUGAAAAAGGGGAGGUGGUUGACUUUUCCUCCCUCAGCUCUUCCGAUCAAACACCUUUGACCAGCCCAUCUCCUUCUCCCUCUCUGGAUUUUUCUGCUCCUGGAACUCCCGCCUCACAUUCAGCUACACCUAGCCUGCUCUCAGAAGCUGAUCUUAUUCCAGAUAUAAUGCCACCCCAGGCCCUUUUUCACGAUGAUGAAGAGAUGGAAGGUGUGAUAGACCCAGGAAUAGAAUAUAUCCCUCCAUCCAGUGUAUCAGGGGGAAUGAUCCAAAAGAAAGUGAAGAUGUCUGAACAGAUUAAGCAAGAGCUGAUGAGUGAAGAAGAAAAAGCAGAGAGGCUGGUUGAUGAUAUGGAAAAUGAUGAUAAUACACAUACCUUCCUUCAAGAUCAAGGUCCAGACAAGCGGAAGAUACAGCUGGCUCAUAAGGAUUCUCAGUCCACUAUGUCCAAGUAUACAUCUAUUGGUAUCUAUGAAGAAAAACUUCUUUUGAGGAACUUGGAGUCCUGUCCAAAUGCAGCAGCCUUGAAUCCUGAGGCUCGGAGGCUGAGGCGCAAGCUGAUAGUCCGAAAAACUAAACGAGAGAGAGGUCUUUCCCUUUUCAACUUGGACGAUAUUGUGAAUUCUGCUCUUCUCUUGGUUGAUAGGUUUUAUGGAACUAAAGAAAGAAAUGCUGCCUGUCUGCCAGCAGAUUAUGCAGUAUACAAAACUUCUUGCCAGGCCUUCCGAAUCUUGGAUCGAUACCAGACUAAGGUUUCUGCUGUGAAAGAGUUCCAACACAGAACAACAUCAUUUUGGUGCCGACUUGUAGGCUCUGAAGAUGCAAAUGAUCAUAGCAUCAUGAGUCCCUAUACUUCUCGUGUUUUGAAACCUUAUAUCAGGCGUGAUUAUGAGACCAGGCCUCCGAAACUUCGGCUGCUGAUGGAAAUACGAGCUCAUUAUCAUAAGAAUGAUCCAAGCUGGACUGCUGAACCAGAAGCACCCAUUGAUUAUUGCUACGUGCGCCCUAAUCACAUCCCAACCAUUAAUUCAAUGUGCCAUGAGUUCUUCUGGCCAGGGAUUGACCUGUCAGAAUGCCUGCAGUAUCCAGACUUCAGUGUUGUCGUUCUUUACAAAAAAGUUAUAGUUGCUUUUGGUUUUAUGGUGCCAGAUGUCAAAUACAAUGAAGCAUAUAUCUCUUUCCUUUUUGUUCAUCCUGAGUGGAGACGAUCAGGGAUUGCAACUUUUAUGAUAUAUCAUCUUAUUCAGACUUGCAUGGGCAAAGAUGCAACCCUCCAUGUCUCUGCUAGUAAUUCUGCAAUGCUGCUAUAUCAGAAGUUUGGAUUUAAAACUGAGGAAUACAUUUUAGAUUUUUAUGACAAAUAUUACCCUUUGGAUAGUAAGGAAUGUAAGCAUGCAUUCUUCCUGAGGUUGCGACGAUAAUACGUAGGCUCAGUGGAUAUGUUUAUGGAAAACCAGUCAGUAAAAGAAAAUUUGGCCCAGAAUGCUGUUACAGUGCUCUGUUUUGUUCAUUAGUAAUAAGCUGCAUAUUUGCUGUUCAGCUUUUCUGAGAAGGGUGAUUCUUUGAUGUUUCUGAGAAGAUGAAUUCUUGACACCAAGAAAAAUCCAUUAAAAAUACAAAAAUGCAAUUUAUUGUAGAGGUAAAAUUAGGUCAGUAUUUUUUGUGAAGGGCCUUAUCAGUUCAAGUGUUAGAUAAUUACACAAUAGUAGCAACAGUCAGUUUUCCAAAUUAAUAAACACCUGAAUCAAGUAUUUACAUUGCCAUUUUUAUUAAGCAGGGACUUAUUUCCCUUCUCACCUAUUAAAGUUCACAGUUGUGUAUCUUUCAAUAAGAAAAAGGUUUUACGAAAUAGAACACAUUUUUGUUCUAAGCCCAGGACCCAAUAGCUGUGCUCGGGACACUCCAUUGGAGCGAGCUCGCUUUGUCUGUCUGUCUAUCAUCUCUCAAUCUAGUCUUUAGGGCCUUGCAGAAGGAAAGGGUUGCAGCUGUCCAACCCUCAAGGGAAAUUAUGUUUCAUGAGGGAAGUGCUGCAACAGAAAAGGCACACCCCAAUAAGUGAUACUGUUUUGUUGAAGGGACCUGAAGUUUGCCCACUCUGCCAGAUCUCAUGGGCCAGGCAGAGACAAUUAAAGACAGGUGGUCCUGCAAGUAACCCAGCCCUGUGCCUUGAAGGGCUUUAUAAGUGAUAACCAGCACCUUGAAUUGCACCCUGAACCUUAUAGGGAGCAAGUGCAGCUAAUAAAGCAGUUGUGUUACAUUCAUCCAUAAUAACUCUUGCAACUACAUUCCGCUAAUUGCAGCUUCUGGAUGGUUUUCAAGCCAGCUCUGUGUAGAUGUAUUACAAUAGUCUAAACGGGAUAUGACCAGGGCAUGAGUGACCAUGAAUAGGACCUCUCAAUCCAGAAAUAGGCACAAUUGGUACACAAGGUGGAUUUGUGCAAAGGUGCUCCUGGCCUCAGCUGCCACCUGCCCUUCCCAGCAGGAGUUGAGAAUCAGGAGGACCCCUAACUGUACACCAGUUCUGUCUGAUGGAGUGUAACCCCAUCCAGAACCAAAGUGGGGAGUCCCCAGAGUCAAGGGACCUCAAAAUCUACAGGCAUUGGUUUUACUAGGGUUGAGCUGAAAACUCUAUCGCCAUCUAGACCCCCACAGCCUACAGACACUGGGAAAGAUCCUUGAUGCCAUUACUUGGUUGGCCUAGGGUGGAGAUCUGUAGCUGAUGAUACUUGAUCCAGUGAUUUUAUGUAUAGCAGAGAGACCGUAGAACAUUGGAGAACCUCACGAUGCAGUUGGUCCACACAUCUUAAUAUUGAGAUUGAAAAACACUGGGUUAGAUCAAGACACCCCCCCCCCAACAACAAUGAAAUGGCCAUGGAGGAAGGAGUAGAACUGAUGUAACACUAUGCAUCCCAUUCCUAAAUUUUGAAGCUGAUCCAGUAGGAUACCAUGAUUGAUGAUACCAAAAGCCACUGAGAGAUCAAGAAGGGCUAGGAUAGAUGCAUUACCUCCUUGGUCCCACCAGUGAUCAUCUAAAAGUGUGUUCAGUGCUGUCUCAGUGUUGUUUCCUAGUGUGAAACCUUACAGUAAGGGACUGGUCUUUCAUCCAGGACCCUCUGUAGCUGCAAGCUCACCCCAUCUCUCAUGUUCUGUUGGAGCAGAUGGAUUGUGAUAGAAUAAAAAAUAAAAAUCUUCUCCAUCACAGGAAACAGUGGUAGUCAAAACAAGCCCCAUGCUUCCUCAUUUUUUAAAUCUUAGGCCACUGAAGUGUAGUGGUGGUACGCUGAAUGCUGGGGAAAAAAUAGCCAAAGGGAUAUUUUUAUUUGAUUCAAUUUGGACACUGCCUCCAACUGACUUUGGAUAGUUCACAAAUAGUAACAUAAAAACCAGUAUUAACCAAAAACAAGAUGGCAUCCAGGCACUAUAUACAAACAGAAAGCAAAAAUACUACACUCAAGGGGCCCCAUCUGUCUCACCCCAAGUCCUGGGAAAACAACCUUCAGGGCUUUGCGGAACACCAAUAGAGCAGGAGCCACACCGAUUUCAGGGGUGAUCUUAUUCCAAAGGGCAGGUGCCCUUUUUCUUUAAGAACACACAUUCGUUUUCCAGUUGAACAUUUGGUUAUGGCUUGUAUAGUAUGACUUUUUACCUCAGAGUAUUUAUCUGUUUGGGGCCACAGAAUGGCUAUUGGGAAAGAGGAAAAAAUCCUCUCUCUUUUCUGAUCCAGUAGUGUACAGAACUACUCCUCACUGCUGCCUAUUUUAUCUAAUUCCCACUUGGCUAUUUCAAGAUCAUUACAGAGAAUGGAACAAAGGAAAGGGGAAUUGUAAGAAGUAGGAGAGAAAUGAAGAGGUUCAAUAUUUACUUCAAAGAUUUUUCUGCUUCGCAUUUCCUUUAUGGUUCUGGACAGUUAAUGAUUUGUUAGAACAUCCAUAAAUGGUUCUUAAAAGACACAACAAAUAUAAAUACCAAGUCCACAAUAACAACAUUAAAAGGCCUGGGUAAGUUUCAUGGGCCAACCUACAAAGAGUGCAUUGUAAUAACCCAGUCCUGAUGUUACUGGUGGAUGAAUUAAUCUCUCCAGAUAGAGAUUCACCCAGUAUAGUGAUCCAAUCUGAAAAAUGGCUGCCAAAGCUAUGUUGCUGCUUAGCAACAAUGCUGUAUCUAGGAGGAUCCUCAGCUUGCAAGUUUGCUGCUUGACAGGAAGCACUACCCUGCCUAAAAUAGGGAUCCUGAAAUUCAUCUUGUAGAAUCCAAUUUUUGUAUACAGUGGGGCAAAAAAGUAUUUAGUCAGCCA